GGAAGAUAAGACACACCUCUGCCAUGCCACCAGGUUUUUGCAGCCCUAGAGAUCGGCACCACUGAACAAUUUCUAUUUGUGAGCUGUGCUGAAAUAUCAGGGGGCUGAGGCUGAAUCAUCACUCCACCAAUCAAAUCAUUUGAGUUCCCCUUGACACUGGACACAUGGAACAUUUCUAUUCCUCUCCUGCUCAGCUCACAUCCACCUGAGGACACAUUCACCUGACUUUCUGAAUCAGACAUCUUGUUUUUUCAUCACUUGCCUUAAUACUGAGAGGCCCAGUCUCCUGGAGAUGGCAGACUUGCCUCACAGACGCCAUGGCAACUUCCCACAAAGGCGAGCCACCAUGUUACCAUGGGUAGCCAAGUGUAGGGUAAGGCUGGCACUGGAGGCCAUGCCAUCAGAGACUGGUCCAAAUCUCGCAACCACAGCAGAGGAACCAACCCCCCGGGCAGAACAUGUCAGCAUGACUGGAUACUGUGAGAUGGAAAAGGAGCCAAACCAGUCUUAUGACAGAAAAUCAAAAGCAACCUCUCCAUCAUCUGAAAAAUGGGAAAGGCCUCCAGACAAGAGUGUGAAAGCUUUAUUGAGAAGAUUAAGGAUUCACCCAGAGGCCCAGAGGAUUCUGGGUAAUUCCUGCAUACCUGUAGUGAGCCUGGAGCGUCUGAACUUCCGGUCUGUGUCUUUAUCAUCACUGCAGCCUGUGGUGUCUUUGCAACGUCUGCCGUGCCAAAAACAAGCUGAGCUCUGCGACAAUGUGUCAUUAAAUAUUUCUGAACAGAAUGGAUUCAGUCAAACUGAGGAAGAUAUACUGGAGCUAACUGAAGGAUCAUUCCAGCCUAAACCAGUAGAGCCAUGUGAUCUCAGUCCAACAUCCUGGACUGAACCAUAUUGUCCUGACAGCUCCCUUUCUGGAGAACCAGAGCAGGACUCAGGCUUUGACUGUGACUCUAAUCCAGAUCAGCCUUACAUCCUGUUUGACUGUCGAUCUGAUGAUGGGGAAGCUGAAUCUGAAGCAUUUUAUCUGGAUCCAGAUCCAGAGCAGACUCUAGUUAUCGAACUGGAUCCAGAGGAAGAAGCAGAUCAGGAUCAAUGCCUGCCCCUGGAGGAUGAAGUUGAAAAUGUGGUUGAUAUAAUCGAAGUGGACGAUGGUGAAGAUCAAAGAGGUGAAAUUAGAUGCUUGGGAGAACAGGCUGACUCAUCCACCCAGCAGCCUGGAGCUGAGGCUGGGACUGAGGAGAGUGAAGAUUUCUGCGCUGUUUGUCUGAACGGAGGAGAGCUGCUCUGCUGUGACCGCUGCCCCAAAGUUUAUCACAUAGGCUGUCAUAUACCUCCUCUCAGCAGCUUCCCGCUAGGUGACUGGGUGUGUACUCUGUGUAGAAGUGAGCAGGAGCCCGUGGAGGCCUACGACUGUGAGAUCAUGGACUCCUGCGAGGGAGUCAAGGCGCCUUACACACUGUCCAACCUGGACCAGAGGAAAUGUGAGAAGUUGACUCUGCUGCUAUACUGUCAAAUUCUCAGUGCUCCCUUCCAUGAACCUGUGAGCCCUCUGGCUCAAAACUAUUACCAGAUCAUCAAAAGGCCCAUCGACCUGUCAGUGAUCCGCAGGAAACUGGACAAGAGCAACACUCUCCACUACUUCACUGCUGAGCAAUUUGUUGAUGACGUCUUGUUGAUGUUCAAGAACUGUGCUACUUUCAAUUACCCAGACUCAGAGGUGGCUCAGGCUGGUCGAAAGCUGGAGAUGUUUUUCUUGAGCAAACUGAAGGAGAUUUUUCCAGACCGGACAUUCCCAUCAGCCAACCAGGGCACAACAGACAGAGCUCGCCUUCAGUGGCUCCACAGGAAGAACAAGGAAAACUCCAGAAAGAAGAGAAAUGUUUUUAGCGGGAAAAAAUAUUACCUAUAACUUGCAAUUUAUUAAUUUCCUUGCAGCUUCUCAUUUUAAUACAAAACACAUUGAAAUGUGUGUCUUUAAAAAAAGCUGUGACAAUAACUUUAAUAACUUGUGUUUUUUUAUAUUAAAAAUACAUGUCGUGGAACUGACAACUUGUCACAUUUUUCAGGCAUGUUCAUGGAAUGAAACAAAGACAUAUUUACAGUUUUUAAAUGAAAUCAGUCAAAUCAGAUCAGUUGCAUGAUUUAUCAUUUUCAUAUUAAAGUGCUCAUAUUAAAUAAUAAUAUCAGCUUAUGUAAAAGUUAUCCUGAUCACUUCCUUAAAUACUCAGUUUCAGGCUGUUUGUUUUACUAUUGGCUCGGUAUAAUGUUGAUUAAAGGGAAUAUCUUUAAUAUAGUAACCUCAGGUACACAUCUCUGACAUCUCUGAUUGGCUGACCUCUGUUUAUGAGUGGUAGCCAACCAGAAGAACAUCAGCUUGAAGGCUAGAAGAAGUAAGCUAAAUGGCUUAUUUGAGGAGCUGCUCAUAGGCCCAGCAUUACUCUCGUAAAGUCUAAAAAUAAAAAUGGAGUUGUAAAUGAGCACAAUAGGUCUACUUUAACUCUGUUGAUGUUACAUCACUGCUCAACACUGGUUUUAGGUGAUGCUAGUAUACUUUAUAGCUAUACAGUAGACAGAAGGCUUUCCACCUUUUCAUAAAAAGUACUCCAUAAUGGUGUCA